CAUGUCUAUGGUACAAGUGGUGGGUCACGCUGGCACGCUUUCUUCGUACGUACAGUAUGGCUCGUUUUACUCCGGUUGUAUUUAGUGUCUCCACGUUUAUGUGCCAGAUUUUUCACUCGUCCUCAGGCAUAUCGCACGUUAAAUAAUCGCCGACAAUCAUGGACGAGGAAUGGGAUGUCGAGAAUGUCGAGAAAUUUGACCUCGCGAUGAGGUCGAACAAAUGGGAAGGAGAGGACGAAGAGGAGGAAGUUAAGGAUAGUUGGGAAGAUGUUGAAGAAGAGAAAAAAGAUAUAGAAAAACCUGCAGAAGUACCAAAAGCUAAGCCAAAACCAAAAAAAGCACUGCAGGAAAGAAUUGAGGAACGUGAGAAAAAGGCGAAAGAAGAAGCCGAAAGAAAAGCAAAAGAGAAAGAAGAAAUACUUACUCCAGAAGAAAGGAGAACUGAAAUUUUAAGACGCCAAAGGUUGCAAGAAGAGGCAGAUCUCAGGCUGGCAAUGGAAACUUUUGGUGUAACGGAAGUCUCUAAUGAAUCGCUUGACGCAAUGGUGCCAGACACAAAAGAAGAAUUCGAGCGAUUUGGUGCAGUACUUUCGCAAAAAAUAAAUCAAUUCAAUAAACACUCGGAAUUUCCAUCGUUUGCAGAAGAGCUUAUAAAAUCUAUUGCUCUUCCUUUAUCAUCGAAUCACUUAAAGAAAGUGAAAACUGUUAUUGAUAAUCUACUUAUAGAAAAGCAAAAAAUAGAGAAAGGAGAAAAAGCGAAAAAAACUAAAGGAAAAGGCAAGGCCAAACUCAAAAUCGAAGGUGACAACACCUUGUUAAGCGAAUACGGUGAUUAUGUAUAUGACGAUUAUGACGAUUUUAUGUAGCGACUUUUCAUAUAUUCAUACAUUCUAGUCGCCUAAAUACACACAGAAGAAUAUUAAGUUGCAGAUUUAUAUACAAAGAGACUUUAUAUUUGUAUUUUCUGCAUAUUCAAUUGUAAUCAGAGAAUGUACAAUGAUUUAAUCUAACAAUUCACAAUGUCUAAUUCACUAAAAAAAAAAAAAAAAAAAAAAAAAAAAAAAAAAAUUAGGAAAAAAAAACAACACAGGAUAAAGAAAUAGAAAGGGAAAGCUAGCAAUUAUAAUAAGUUUUGCUUAAUUAAUGUAAUUAAGCAAAACUGCUUUAAAACAAAAACCUCACCAUGUGGCAAUAUAGUGCUCUACAGUUAUUUACAUUUUUGUGGAACAUUUGAAUGUUCUACAAGAGUACCGUUGAGUUUUGCAGAUUUUUGUCCGUGAUGAGUCUGUCGUUGUAUCAAAUUUAUUUUUGAUUUGAUAGUGCUAUCAAGAAUUGAUUUUAACUUGGAGAAAGAUUGAAAAUGUCAUAAUGUUCGUGCGAUCUUAGUUUGUACUAUACUUGUCUAUUUUUAUUAAAAUUGGAUACAUAGAAUGUGGAUAAAAUUACUUUAUACAGAGUCUGUCUUGUAAUCGCAUACCAAGCUGUUAAAAAAAAAAAUAACUCCCAUCUUUAUACAUAUAUAUGUACGUAUGUAUGCGUGUGUGUACAUUUCAUAUAUGUAUGUAUGUAUAUGUAUAAGGCUGUAUUAUUCUACAGACAAAAUGUAAUUACGGUACACGGAAGUUUUUAUAUAUUACAGCUUAUAUGUACACAUAUAUGUGCACACAUACGUAGAUACGUAUGCAAAACAUAUACUUUUAUUGAAGAUCAAUUACCUACAAGUUGGUUUUGAAAAGAGUAUAUUCCUAAAUAAAGGUUGAUUAUAAAUUA